UGUCACCGCCCUUUGAUAAUGCAGCAUGGGCGAAAAUACCAGACCUAAAGAGCUACAGCUGAGGAAGCGGACCCCGGUACUGUCAACGUUUUAACGCGAUUGAACGAAAGUGAUGUUCCAACAAUGCCGAUCGUGGAUAAACUCAAAGAGGCAUUAAAACCUGGUCGAAAGGAGACGGGUGAUGAGGGUGACCUCAACAAACUGUUGGCUUCUUCUGCCAAGAAGGUCCUCCUGCAGAAGAUAGAGUUUGAGCCGGCCACCAAGGGUUUCUCCUAUCAACUUGACAGCCUGAAGAACAAGUAUGUGAUCCUCAAUCCCAGGAAUGAGGGCGCUACGAGCCAGAGGGCCACUGAGCCUGCCCAGAUAAAGAGGCAAGUUUCAGAGAACACGGUUGGCGGCCAGAUCGAUGGGAUCCCUGCUCCGCAGAAGAUGCUCUUUUCAGGGAACAAGCUCACCCUUAAAUGGGAGCGUGUGUACAGGGUGGGAGCCGGUCUCCACAACCUAGGGAACACCUGCUUCCUCAACUCCACAGUGCAGUGUCUCACCUACACCCCGCCACUUGCCAACUACUUACUCUCAAAGGAGCACAGCCGUGCCUGUCACCAGUCAGGCUUCUGCAUGAUCUGUAUCAUGCAGAACCAUAUCAUUCAAGCCUUUGCCAACACGGGCAACGCCAUCAAGCCUGUCUCCUUCAUCAGAGACCUGAAAAAAAUUGCCAGGCAUUUUCGCUUUGGAAGCCAAGAGGAUGCCCAUGAAUUUUUGCGGUACACCAUCGAUGCAAUGCAGAAAACCUGUCUCAAUGGCUACCCUAAGCUCGACCGGCAGACCCAGGCCACAACCCUGGUUCACCAGAUCUUUGGAGGCUACCUCAGGUCGAGAGUGAAAUGCUCCAUUUGUAAAAGUGUGUCAGACACGUAUGACCCUUACCUGGACAUCGCAUUGGAGAUUCGUCAAGCGGCAAACAUCGUGCGAGCCCUGGAACAGUUCGUUAAACCAGACAUACUAUGUGGAGAGAACGCCUACAUGUGUGCCAAGUGCAAAAAGAAAGUGCCUGCGACCAAGCGCUUCACGGUGCAUCGAACAUCUAACGUGCUGACUCUUUCACUCAAGAGGUUCGCCAACUUCAGCGGAGGAAAAAUAACAAAGGAUGUUGGUUACCCAGAAUUCCUGAACAUCCGGCCCUACAUGUCUCAGAGCUCAGGCGAUCCUGUAAUGUACGGCCUCUACGCUGUUCUGGUGCACUCUGGCUACAGUUGUCACGCUGGCCACUACUACUGCUACGUCAAGGCAAGCAACGGACAGUGGUACCAGAUGAAUGAUUCAAUGGUGCACUCUAGUAACAUCAAAGUGGUCUUGAACCAGCAGGCGUACGUGCUUUUCUACCUGAGGAUCCCGGAAAGCAAGAAGAACGCAGACGGACAGACCACCAAGCAGGGGAUGUUGCAUCCUGGGAAGAACAGCGUGUCGUCUGAACAGAUAAAGAGGGCCAACCUGAACGGGCCGCUCUCCUCCCCGCAGGUCACAAAGAAACUCGAGCCUGCACAACUGCGUAAGAUCCAGUCCAUGGACGGUGGCCUGGGUCUGCCCAUUUCCAGGAACGGCGUGUGCUCUCAGCCACAGCCCAGACUGUCCAACUGGACGUCGUUCUCCAACGGACCGCCCAAGCUGCCGGGCGGGCCCUCGUUCAUCGAGGAGCCGUUCAAGAAGCUGAAGAAGCCGUCUCCCCAGAGCCAAGUGCAGUCCCGCAGCGUCACGCCGACCUCUUUCAACAACGGGGUCGGCAGGGCGGAGGGAGAUAAAAAGCAAGGGGGCGAGGGCCGCGGCAUGUCGGCGUCUACCUCAUUUAAGUCUUUGUCUGACUCUUCCUCUGCCGACACCACCGACUCCAAGGACUCCGUGGGCACCAAAAGUGCGCCGGUGGGAGAGACUCCCUCCACCCCACGGAAAGGCUCUAAUGGCCAGGCGUCUCCAGCCAAGAGCGUGGAGCGCUCCCAGAGCACCGAGGAGCAGAAGACGGCGAAAAUAAAAACCCCGGCCCUCAACAUCGCGUCCGAAGCCACCAGCACCAUGUCCCCUCCACCUGCCAAGAAACUGGCCCUGUCAGCCAAGAAGGCUCGCAACCGGAGACCGAGCAGCAUUGAUGCUCUGCCCUCUUCGCCACGCCAGCUGUCCAGUGACCCUACACAUCAAAAUCAACUUAACCCCUUCACUUUUGCCUCACCUACUCACACUCACAGAGCUGGUCCAUUCCAUUCACCUAAAGUACAGCCAUCGCCUUUUACCCACUUAAGCGGAUCCUUCAAACAGCAGAGCCCUCAGAAACAGUCCCUUUCCUCCACACUGCAAAAACCAAACGCCAGCCUUUCUCCUAAAACCAACGGGCUUCACAGUGCUGGCCCAAAGAGCCCCAAGUCUUCCACCAACCUCGGCUCCUUGGUCCAAGAACCAGACCUCAACAGCAGUCCAGCUCCGACGGUCAACCAAAAGAAGAAGAGGAAGAAGAAAAAGAAGCGGCGGCAUUCUGAAGUGGAGGGCGACGCAGAGCCGGUGGCAUCCCCGGCUACGGUGACGCAGACCGACCCCGUGGAAUCGGCCAGCGAGAAGAAGAGGAAGAAGAAAAAAAAGCGAAAGAAGGAGCCUGAAGACGGAGAGACCGUUAAGGAAAAGGAGUGCGUCCUGUCUCACCUGGACACAUCAACAGAAGAGGAUUGGUGCCAGGGUGGCAUAUGGAGUCUUACAUCCCAUCCAGAUACAGAACAGUCUCAGCAAAAGCCUCAGUCAGCUGCCACAAGCCCAACGCCGUGCGAGUCGAAUCGGAGACAACGGGGAAGGGACUCUGUAAAGUUGAAGAAGAAGAAAAAGAAGAUGCAGCUGGUGGAGGCUCUGCAGGUGACAAGUUCAGCAUGCGCUGCACCAGAGAGCACUUCUGAGAUGAAGAUCGCAGUCGUCCACAAUGAUACGGGGGGUUUGGUGACGUCGAAAAAGAAGUUUAAGAAGAAGAAGAGGCUAAAAGAACAGGUCAGACUGUGGGAGGAGAGCAGACGAUGCUCAGACGGUCAGAAUGACGAGCCCGACGCAGUGGAGCCCCCUUCCAAAAGAAACGCCACGGAGAACGGCGAAAUAAGUAAACCAAGCACAGCCACAGUGGUAGUUUGGGACAGCCAGGUGAAGGACGGCUACAAACGCAGCCAGGUGCCAGCGGCUGAUGGAAGUGAACCGGGAGACGCCCCGAACCUUGCCGCUCCUGUAGCCGGGGACGGGGACAAGACGGGCGGGGUGGUGGAGGAGCUGCUCAGGAACGCCACGGAUAAGGCCUACGGAGCCAACGUUCUCAGUUGGGAUGGAGAGGCUUCUGCUAUCAGUAGAGAUGCCGCUGAAGAUGUCCGCCACGCCAAGUGUGACACUGUGAUCGAUGAGUGGGAUGAAGACUUUGACAGGGAAAAGGUAAAGAAAAUUAAAAACUAUAAGAGAGAGAAGUGGAGAAGUGCCAGCAGCAUCUUCCAGAAGGUCCAGGACAGGCGGAGCAAGUGGGCCGUGACGCCUGGAGGAAAGAGGGUUUUUGGAGUCCGUCGAUGAGAAUCCCGAUUGCUGUUGAGGUUGUGCUGAUUGGAAAAAGAGACAACAAUACUGUAUACCAAACGGCUGUACCUUUUCUUUUCCUUUUUUAUUUUUUUCUGUUUUUUGUUGAGACCCAAAUUCCUGAAUACAUUGAGUUCAAAAGCAGCACAUUGACUCAGACAGACCCUUUUAUCUCAAUUUGAAACAAACAUGAAAUGUUAUCUUCAGGCUUCAGCCCUCUCCUUUUAAUCCAAAUCGGAGAGUAGGUGGACAGAGCUUCUCUAUGCAUGCAAUGUUUAACUGAAACCUCCAUGUCAAAUUAAUAUGUACAUGUUGGCAUCCUUUGAGCCUUGGUUAUUGUCCAACAAUCUUGAGCUAAGAAAUUGUGUACAGUUUACCACAUAUGAGAUGGGCGGGCUCAGAAUGAGAAAGUAUAUCUGCCAUACUUUGGCUGUUAUAUUGGAAACUACACAAUCUCAGAGCAUACUUUUGCAGACAUGAGGGCUCAGUUAAUUUUACAUAAAAAAAAAAAAAAACUUUUAAAACCGUAUCCUGAAAGGAUUCUCCACUAAAUUGCAAAGAUCUAAAAAUCAUUUAAUCACUAUGUUAUUUUUAGAUUACUGAUUUUCCUAUUUUUAUUUUGCUGCAGUGUCUGUGCCACGUGGCUUGUUUUUAAGAACCACAUUUUACGUUCAUUUUGUUGGUAAAAUCAAGCUUUAAAAUUGGCACUUUUCUUUCUCAAGAUGCAUGUCUAAAUUGGUUUAAAGGAAAGAAGAAAAAAAAAAAGUAUUUUGUUUUUAUUUUUGCUCUCUUGGUUACGACCGCUUUGCUCCUUAACAAAUCAUUUCAGAUUUCACGCGGAUACAUUUUUAGACAACAAAAGGAUGCGCUGCCGAAUUGUAUGUUUUGUGCGAAGCGUUGACAUCGAACACGUUGGACGCUACAAGUUUCUCUCCGUUUGCCUGGACGCCAUUGUUUUCUGACGACUCGUAGUGCAAUGUGCAUUGCGGAGUCGGUGGGACGGGAGCGCUUGUUUUCUACUGUGCCGUUAUGUCAUUAUGUUGCUCGUGGGUUCAGCGUUCAGAAGCUCCGUGUGAAGAUUUGACCGUUCACAAACUGUUCUUCACUAAUGUACUGAAAUGGAGGGGGGUUGCAUUUUAUACUUGAGGCACUGUGCUAGGAUGGGACUGCCACAUGCCAUCGUUCUUUCCCCCCCCCCCCC